AUGUCAGAGCUUCAGCUUGCUGAAGCACUCACUAACACUCCAUCUCAGAUCAUUUCCCAGAAAGUUACUAUCCAUUGUAACAACUCUACAUUGAAUGAAAAUCGCAAAGCUGAACUUACAUCAAAUGAAACACAUGAAGCUGAAGCUGAUAUUCAAAAGGAAGAUGUUGAUGACGAAGAAGAUGUUGUUAAUGGAGGAGUUGAUACCAAUCAUCAAAUCCCCACUGAAGAUGUACAAUGUUCAAAGGGAAAAGAAAAGGAAAUCCAACUCACGACGACCCCCCAGUCCUCACCACUAUCCAAGAUAUCUGACGAAGAAUCAUCAAAUAACCACGUAAUGACUCAGCUAAAGCACCAUCCUCGACCUAGAUCAGAGUCUCCAGCUUCUCAUUCUCCUCUCACCCGAUCUGUCAAACAUCCAGAGAGUCCAGAUACUUCAACAAAAGUCAUCAAGCAUGUCACCAAACGUCCUCAAGCACCCGCUCAAUCAACAUCAGCUGAGUCUAUCAGCCCAAGAGUUACUCGGAAGGCUUCCAAAAUGCAGGCUGAUGCUGAAGCUGAAAAUAAAGCGCACCCGGACUCAAAAACAGUCUGUCACAGCGUCGGUGAAACCAAAAAAGGAAAGACCCCCUCCAAAAUCAUCACGACACCCUGUCCUUCAGACUUGGGAUUUCCCGAAAUGGCUUCCCCGCAAACUAUACCCCUUUAUCAGGCAUGCAGCCAAUGUUCCCCCUAG